AUAUUUAAAGGGCGGCAAGUGCGGCGGGUCGGCCCGCAGUGUGCGUGCGUGGGAGCAGAGCGCGCAGCUCGGUCGGGGAGCACCCGGAUGUGGCACUCCUCUCCCUCCGCCCCCCCGCGUUCCCCCUCCCUCCCCUCCCCCCAGAGGCCCAGGCCCCACAGGCAGCGGCGGGAGGUUGAGGUAGCUGCGGCGGCUUCAGUGCUUGUGCGGUGAGGAAGGCCGAACGGACCACGGGCCAGGCCUCGGCCCCGGCCGGCCGUGGCCAUGAGCGGCUCGUCGGGUACCCCGUACCUGGGCAGUAAGAUCAGCCUCAUCUCCAAGGCGCAGAUCCGCUACGAGGGCAUCCUCUACACCAUCGACACGGACAACUCUACCGUGGCCCUCGCCAAAGUGAGGUCCUUUGGUACAGAAGACCGUCCUACUGAUAGGCCUGCUCCUCCUAGAGAGGAAAUUUAUGAGUACAUCAUUUUCCGGGGAAGUGAUAUCAAAGAUAUUACUGUAUGUGAACCUCCAAAAGCUCAACACACACUCCCUCAGGAUCCUGCUAUUGUCCAAUCUUCCCUGGGCUCUGCCUCUACAUCAUCCUUCCAACCACAUGUGCCUUACAGCCCCUUUAGAGGUAUGCCACCCUACAACCAGCUUGCUGCCAGCUCAUUACUUAGCCAGCAGUAUGCAGCUUCCUUAGGUUUAGAGAAGUUGGUAAGCCCUCCAGCCUCAGCCGCUGCUUCAAGCCCUAGUUCUUCUCCAUCUCCACAGCCUGUUUCAGAGCUUGACAUGUCCUCAGAGCCUCAUCAGCUCUCUUCUAAGGGAGCUGGUUUUCCAUCCAUCCCGGUACGUAAGAGUCCCAUGGUGGAACAGGCAGUCCAGACUGGUUCUGUUGAUAACCUGAAUGCCAAAAAACUCCUACCCACCAAGACUCCCAUAGGGAUCCAACGCAAUGGUCGUCAGGUCCAACCAAACAGCAAAACCAGUGAUGUAGUUCAGCCAGUAGCUGUGCAAAAUCAAGGGCAGGUGAAUGAUGAAAACAGAAGACCUCAAAGAAGAAGGUCAGGGAACAGGCGAACAAGGAACCGUUCCAGAGGGCAGAACCGUCCAACAAACAUUAAGGAAAACACUAUUAAGUUUGAAGGUGACUUUGAUUUUGAGAGUGCAAAUGCUCAGUUCAACAGAGAAGAGCUUGACAAGGAAUUUAAGAAGAAACUGAAUUUUAAAGAUGACAAAACAGAGAAAGAAGAGAAAGGCGAUCCAGCAGUAGUAACUCAGAACAAUGACAGCACUACAGAGGAGGACCUCCUGGGACCUAACUGCUAUUAUGACAAAUCCAAGUCAUUCUUUGACAAUAUAUCUUCUGAACUAAAGUCCAGUUCUAGGCGUACAACAUGGGCUGAAGAAAGGAAGCUCAACACAGAGACCUUUGGAGUGUCAGGAAGAUUUCUUCGAGGCCGGAGCUUCAGGGGUGGCUUUCGAGGUGGAAGAGGCACUGGAACAGCCCGUCGCAACCAAACUUCCCAUAGAGCUGGUACUGGGAGAGUUUAAGAGUGUAACUAUUUGUUAAGUGGCACAAAGGUGAUGCUGUGUAUAUAAGAAAACAUUGAAAAUGCUGCACUUAAUGUGGGGAGAAAAUGGGUCAUUUUGUUUACUACUUUUUGGAAAAUCCCACAGUACUACUGCUUAUAGUUUGGACUUCAACUGAACUUGGACUUGUUCUGAGUAAAAACCACUUGUUUUUUGGAAGUGUUCAUGGGUAACCUCUUUUGAGGUGUCUUGGUCUCUUUCUCCCCUUCCCCCCUUUUUUUCUUAAAAACAUAGCCUGAUUUUAAGCUUUUCUUUUGGUAUUUUGCAGAAGGGUUUCCUGUGUUCUUUAGUGAGGGUUUAACUAAAUCUUUUUUUUUUUUUUUGAAACAAUAGCUUUGAUUUUUAAAAAGUAGAACCAAAUCUCAUUAAAAACAAACCACUUACAUUUUUUAGUAACCAAACUGACCCUUUGGUGCUGCUGGUCUGUCACUCCCACUUCUAAGAAGCAACAUGUUUCAGUAACUCUUGGGUGUCUGGAGACCUGGAUACCCAGUACUUAACGGGGUUUAUGAGUACUUGGGGUGGUUUGGGGGUGGGUUGGGAGGGAAUAUAGGGGUUGUCACAAGGAUCAUGUAUAAGCAAGCAACAGAGUACCCAGGGUAGGUGUCAGACAGAACCCAGAGAUGAGUUGUCAGAAGAGGAAGAGUUAAAGGUGACUUCCAAGAGGCCCUAUGAAUAUUCAAAGCUAAGGGGCCAGGGUAGACUAUCAUCCCUAUGGGAACUGAUGGGGAAUAUAAAACUCAGGGCCACCCUCCCUAGAAAACCUCUUCACCAGCCCUCCUUGUUGCUGCCAACCUGUCUCUGGUACAUGCUGCUUACCAGUCGUGUUGGAUUUUGGCAUAACGCUCUUGAAUGCUGUUCUCAUCCACUUAGGAAUGGGGGGGAGGGGGGAGGGAAGGAGAAAAGAGCAACCUGCUCUUCAGUGAAGUUGAGUUGGCAAAGGGCAUGUUUCCUCCAAAUUGUAAAUAGUUCCAUUGGUUUUUUUUGUUUGUUUGUUUUAAAGGUGGGGUGGAGGGAGGGUGGGGAACAUAAAUUUGUUGCAUGAGUAAAUGGGUUACAUCUUUAGUAUAGGCAUGUGCCCCUCUCUGGUUGACAGGGCAUUUUGUUGAAAUAAGCACCUUGGUAAUUGAAAACUCCCUUAAAAUAGAUACAGAGGUUUUAGUUAUGCAUUGACUAAGUUACUGUAAAAGCUUGGGUUUAUUUUUGUAGGAGUUAAUUGCUAAGAAUUAGAAACAUAGCAAUGGGGCUGCUCUGUUGGAGUAUUGUAAAUUAUAAAUAAAACAUGCAAAUGUUUAAUA